CCAUAACUCUGUACGCCCGCAUACCGAAAGACGUCUUUAAGCCCUAUAAAUAUAUAUAACAAAAAAUCAUAGCGCUGUCCUGGCGACCGCUGGUGGCAGUAUUGUGGCCGUCCGAUCUGCGCUGAUAGCCGUGACUGACACCCUUCCGGCUCCUCUGUACAUUUAACGCCUUGUCCGUUCUGUGUUAAGAGCCAUACUAUUUACAUCAAACUUUUUUUUUUUUUCCUUUUUUUUUUUUUUAAACAAAACCUGGGCGGCGGGUCGAACUAUAAAACCCUCUGAAAUCCCUCUUUGUAAAGUAAUGCUUAGUGGCGUUUGUUCGCGAUCAUGAACGUGGUAAACGAUUCAUACGUUUCCAUUAAAGACAUUAAGACCGGGCAGAAAAACUUAAAUGUCGUCUUUAUUGUCCUGGAGAUCGGAAGAGUUACAAAAACUAAAGAUGGGCAUGAAGUGAGAUCCUGCAAAGUGGCAGAUAAAACUGGCAGCAUCACAAUCUCAGUUUGGGAUGAAAUUGGAAGCCUUAUACAGCCAGGAGACAUAAUACGCUUAACCAGAGGGUACGCUUCUAUGUGGAAAGGAUGCUUGACUCUAUACAGUGGAAGAGGAGGCGAGAUUCAGAAGAUAGGAGAGUUCUGCAUGGUGUAUUCCGAAGUACCAAAUUUUAGUGAGCCAAAUCCGGACUUUAGUGGUCAGCCUUCAAAGCCAAAUCAAGCAAAAAUGGGACCUGGUGAUCAAAGCAGCAAUUCAUCUCCCAACAAUAUCGCAAACGGUUCACAACCUGUUCCUGGACAACCGGGGUCUUAUUCCAACCAUGCUGUAUCAUAUAACAAUGGACGGACAAAUGGACGUGGACCAGGAAUGGGACAGACAAACACUUCACCAGCAACUACACCUCAGCCAGUAGUAGCCUCUAUCAGCAACGGGAGAGAUCCAAGAAGAGCAAAGAGAUGAUGUGCUGCUAUCCCUGUACAUUAUCACUCCCUACUCUACUUGAACACUUACUGCACUUUUAUUUAUGGUUAAAUGUGAAAAGUUUACUCCUGGAUGUCUCAACAGUUCCACCUCUGUAAUAGGUUUUUUUUUGUUUUUUUUGCGCAGAUUAAGUUUAAUCUGCGAUACCAGUAAAAAAAAAAAGGUGAGGCUUGACAGCAGUGCUGCUAGAACCAAUGACAAAUACACUUUUUAACAUUUUAUGAGGGACCAAAUCAGGCAGAGUAAUAAUCCAUAUCCAAUGUUGUCCACAUGCGCAGUGCCUAUGCGGUUUACCAAUAGCAAAGGUUUGAUGUGCCAAUUCUUAAGUGGAUAGCUUGUCCUUUUUAUUAUUAUAGAAAAAUACCACUUUCUGAACUCUGGUCUGUCGCUGCCAGUAUACUUUGUUGGGCAAGAAUAUUAUCACAUCUUUUUUCCUUUGAGGUUGGUGCUUGUCAUUGCAGGACUGAAGCUGUCUGCUGUAAAAGUACUACAAGAUUAAUUGCAAUAAACCAUUGUUUCCCAUCUA